CUUUUUCUUUUUUAGGGAAUCAUUUAAGCCCCAAACACAAAAGGGGAAAAAUCCAGAAAAAAAAAAAAAAACUGAAAAGUGAAUCAAAGAAAAAAAAAAGUAAUAGAGAUAUGAACAAUUUUUUUUUUUUUUGAAGAAAGAGAUAUGAACAAUUUAAAAAAAAAGGAAAAAAGAGAUAUGAUUAAGUUAAUAGUAUUAUUUGCUAUUUCUUGGUGCUAAAGUUUUGGUGUGAAGGCGAAAAAAAAAUUGUGUGUUCAUUGAUCGAAUCGAAUCAAAGUGAUGAAUUCUAGGUGUUUCUUAUUGAAAUGCCGAUUCUUGGUUCUUCUUCCCUCUCUACGUCGUUUUCUCUCUCUAGGAUCCUGCAAUUUUCAGCUUUAUUUGGUUUAAUUUUGGGAAGAAUUUUGAUAUGAUUGGGGGAAUUUAAAUGGAGCCGCGUGUGGGGAAUAGGUUUCGGUUGGGUCGAAAAAUUGGGAAUGGCUCAUUCGGAGAGAUUUACUUAGGCACUAAUAUUCAGACGAAUGAGGAUGUUGCUAUCAAGCUCGAAAAUGUGAGGACAAGACAUCCCCAAUUGCUUUAUGAGUCAAAGUUGUACAGAUUACUUCAAGGAGGAACUGGAAUCCCAAAUAUUAAAUGGUUUGGGAUCGAAGGAGACUAUAAUGUUCUCGUCAUGGACUUACUAGGGCCGAGCCUUGAGGACUUGUUUACCUUUUGUAGUAGGAAGUUGUCGUUGAAGACUGUUCUCAUGCUUGCAGAUCAGAUGCUUAAUCGGCUUGAGUAUGUUCACUCUAAGUCUUUUCUGCAUCGAGAUCUUAAGCCUGACAACUUUCUCAUGGGCUUGGGAAGGCGUGCAAAUCAGGUUUAUGCCAUUGACUUUGGGCUUGCCAAGAAAUAUAGAGAUUCAAAUCAUCAACAUAUUCCAUAUAGAGAAAAUAAGAAUUUGACGGGAACAGCCAGAUUUGCAAGCAUAAAUACACAUCUUGGCAUCGAACAAAGCCGGAGGGAUGACCUAGAAUCACUCGGAUAUGUUCUUAUGUACUUUUUAAGAGGAAGCCUUCCCUGGCAGGGUCUGCAAGCUGGAAACAAGAAACAAAAGUACGAUAGAAUUAGCGAGAAAAAGGUUCAAACAUCAAUAGAGUCUUUAUGCCGUGGCUAUCCAACUGAAUUUGCUUCUUACUUCCAUUAUUGCCGUUCACUUAGAUUUGAGGACAAACCAGAUUAUAGUUAUUUGAAAAGAAUUUUCCGUGACCUAUUUAUUCGUGAAGGUUUUCAAUUUGAUUACGUAUUUGAUUGGACUAUUCUGAAGUAUCAGCAGUCUCAGCUUGCUAAUCCUCCAUCUCGUGCCCUAGGUGCUGGAACGAGUUCAAUGGUGCCACAUGCUAAUAAUGACAGAGAAUCAGGUUUGGACGAAGGCAAGGCACCUGUUCGUGGUAGAAAUGUUUUAAACUCUGGAAAUUUGUCUAAAAUGAAGGAUCCAGUUGCAAGUGAUACUGCUGCACCAAAGGAGAUAUCCACUUCAAAUGACCAGAAAGUCGGAACAUCAAAGCAACCUGCAGUUUCUAGUACUCGGGAUCCAGAGAUUCCUGGAAAUGAGGAAGACCCUUCACAUGCAGUCAAUGGAGAUCAUGAUGCUGCACAAAAAAGUCCUCCUGCAACAUCGCCCAAUAAUAACCCCUCAAACACAAAAGCCAUGGACUCCACCCUCAAGGGAAUGGAGAGAAUGAAUAUUGGCAAUGACUAGAUAAUGCAGUAUUAUCAGGACUUCUAGCUACAUUUUUUCCCUUAUUCCCUCUGUACAUAUGCCGUAUCUAUAUAACACUCAGGGGAAUCUGUUGUUUCUCCCUCAAGGAAAGCUGCUCAAGGAAAUCUUAACCAGUAAAUGGUGCAUGCAGAUAACGGGAUAUCAGUUAGCUUCCGAGGUGAAGUGAGAGAUCUGUAAACUUGAUGCAAUGAAAGUGAGAUUGGUCGUCGGUAAGCAAGUUCGAGGGCCUUUUAGGCCGGGGUGUAAUACCACCUCAGGUAACACAGAUUCAUUUAUCCUUCUUACCUAUCUAAUGUUGUACUACCCAUUCUUUUGAUUUGCCAUUCUCAUGGCCUGUAGUUACAAUUAUUGAUAGUUGAAUAAGUUCAUAUGCAAUGUUAAUUAUGCCAAAUGUGGCUUAUACGA